AUAUCUAAAAAAACAAAUAUUUAGGAACGGAGGGAGUAAUAUAUAUAGUGAGGCUUUUGGACUCUGGUUUUGAAAGAGAAAAAGGGCAUGUCCUCAAUUUAUAUCGGCUCUCAGAGAAAUACCUCACACACAUACUCUCCCAUCAAGAUGGGAUUUAAACCUAACUCCGUUAGUUUGUGAAAUCACUUGGAAUUUACAAAGGUUGGUCGCUGAUGCUUGCAUCUUUCCAGAUGUCGCUCGCCAUACGAUUUCUCACCAACUAGAGGGUUGAGUGCAGAGCCUAAACAUUUCUGAUCGCUGCAAAUCAAGCCUGUCAGAUCCCACAUAACUCUGAAUCUUCAGUUUUGUCAGGUUUCUUCAGGUGUGAGAGAGCCCGAAACCAUUCUUUUACAUGAAAAAGCCUGAAACAUUUUUACUUUUUUGCGGGGAGAGAGCCUGAAACUUGGACCAACUUGUUUUUUUCUUUUGGAAAUUAACUUGGGCCAACUUGUUGCAUAUAAAUGUUAGGAGUUUUUUUUGUGGCAUGGUAAUGAUUCAGGUUGUGAGUAAACUGAAGCCUAGCCAGUUCUAACUCGUAGGCGAGUCCAAUUCCCGCCCGAUUUGGACGUGAUUGCUUCAUGUGAAGUAAACGCGUUCUAUUUUACUCUUCUUUUAUCUUGCGGGGAACGCAUUACUGUUACUCGAAUGACGAAUAGGACUCUGCGCAUGUUUUCCUCAGCUGUUGCCGGAAGGAAUUAGAUGUCAUCUUAACCAAUCCGCGGAUAAGCCUUUGUUUUUUUUGUAUGCAAUUUCUUGAUCGUUACUAAAAUUUGUCUUGGUCGACCGAGGACAUUUUUUUUCUUGAUCAACCGAGUUGUUGACCAACUAGAAUCUUAAGAAAUCCAUCUAGCGACACUGAAGAACGCGCCCACAGUGGGAACAAGCCGGGGCCCUCCACAAUAUCUCCACCUUUUAUGUCUCAUCCAAUUCUGAUUUCUUGCGGGGCCAUGCGGCUCUAGGACUGGGUGCGACGCAUGGGCGCGUCGUGGGAGGUAUGAGGAGAAAGCGAGGGAGGCUUCGAGUUCAAGUAGGAGGUUGAGCAGGAGCAGAGGCAGGAUUGGGUUUAAACUAUGCCUAGGGUUCUCAUGGUUAUGGUUGAUCUUUGGGUCAUCUAGUGGUGGCGAAAUUUAACAUUGAUACAUCAAAAUUAGGCCCAUCUUGACGAGCCAAUUUAUGGUAACAGUGUUUGACUUAUCUCGAAUUUCAAACUUUUGAUGAAGUUAGCACUAACCACUGACUUUUUGCCUGUCAGUGGUGUUCGUACCACUGAUGGCUCAUCAGGAGACGGUCACAAAUGUUUGACUACUAAUGUUGUGUUUUGUGGUAGUGACUCUUCACUAAUGCAAGCACGCAACCAAACUAGUUGCCGUCUUUUUAGGGCAUGGAUCAUAAAAUAGGCAACCGAACAUUAGACCUAGUGGACAUUCGACCUUGCUUGGCUCCACGAGGCAUGGGUGCCAUAGUUUCCAAGAAGCGUUGCAGGCUUUGGUGGCGGCGCCUAAACUAGGUGGCGGAUCUUCAAAAAGACCACGAUGUCGAAGCGUUGCCAUCACCUGAUUUUAUGAGUCGGGCCAGGGAUUUUCAAUCGGGUUCAAGGAGGAAGAAAGACCACAAUGAUGUCUCCGAUGAGGGGCGUGAUGUCCACAAAGGUCACUGUCAUUGGAGCCCGUUAUCAACCCGCCAUAGCUUUCCCUUGGUCCACAUAUUCCCACGCCUAGCAGUUGCAUCGCCUCCAUUUUUGCGGAACCGCCAUCGUAGAGGCCAUCAUUGGUCGGACCCAAAAAGGCUCUAGAUUAAACCUAGCAGCUCGUCCGCCUCCCAUUCUAGAGAUCAACUCGCCCACCUUACAGCCGAGGAGAAUGGCAUCGUCCGUGAGCACCUCCUAGGAUAUGACAAUUCAUCAAUCGCCAGACAAGGGCGCUGCCCUGGCUACCGUGACAUCAUUGUCGUCAUAAGCCACCACGAUGGGAGAACUAUGAAAGCCCCAUCGUUGUCAUCCAUCAUAAGGCAAAGACUACAGCAUCCCCUGACGGUGGCGGAUGUGCUUAGAUCCGACAUACAUACACCACAACAGGAGAUUAGCGAGAGCUCCUGCCGUCGGCAUCCACCGCGAGGCUUGGGGGAGGUGGAGGCGGCUAGCUACGGUUGGGAGAAAGAGCAGUGGUGACUAGCACUUGUCAAUUGUAUCGAAUCAAUUAGAAAGUUAAAUGGAGGUUCACUUUGGAAGGUUAUACACCGGAUCAUUUGAAUUUUGAAGAUUUUCGUAAUCACUUCAGCUUUGCAUUGCGUGUGAGAAAAGGGAAGAUAGAAAUGUCAGGGGAGCGGUUGGGAUGUCCACGUGGCCGGCCGAAGAGAGUGUGUGCAUACCCACCGUCAUAGACGUGCAGGUGCAGAAUCGUCCCGAAAGACAACCAAGUCUUUCUAGAUAAAACGCCAAAAAAGAAACCACUGUCGAGUCGCGGCUCAGCUACGGGGAGGAGACUUGGCACAGCCGAGGCAAGCUGGCCCGUCGCAACUGCCACAGCACAGGCGUCCCAUCAACUGUCACGGUGCCGUACGUCCCGCACCGCCCACCCAACCGGCCAACCCCCUCACCCGAACCCCGCCCAGCCAUGCUCAGCGCGCGGCUUAUAACCAGGAGGCAGGCAACCAACCGCGCAGAAACCGGCCCAGCUCGUGCCAACCAGAGAAGAAUUCGAGAAACUGGCCAUGUCUCCCCUCCACCGCCACCGCCUCGGCCAUGUCAUCGUCGUCCUGCUCGUCGUCCUCCUCGCCGCCGCUUCCCAUGGCGGUCCAGCCGACCUCCCGACGUGCCAGCUCGAGCCUCUCACCUGCGGCGAUCUCACUGUCCGCUACCCGUUCCGUCUCUACAACGGGACGGAGGACGCAGUGCCGGCGUACGGCGGGCCGCAGUCGUCGUCGUACUGCGGCUACCCCGGCCUGGGCAUCGUCUGCGACGACGACAAGCCCACCCUCCUCCUCGGGGGCCACGACUACACGGUGUCGGGCAUCAACUACACCAGCCUCACCGUCUCCCUCGCCGACGCCGACGCCCUCGACGAUGGCACCAGCUGUCCCAUGGUCGAUCACAACGUGACCGUCCCGAAGCAGUUCCAUCUGCCCACCUCCACCGUCGCCUACCUCUUCUUCUUCCUCAACUGCACCUUCCCGCCGGAAGCCGAUUUCCCUCCCAAUCCCAAGCCAUUGCGCAAGCCGCCGAGCAUCAAGCCGGUCACCUGCGGGAGCUCCGGAGAAGAGCCUGCCACCAUGUCCUUCGUGCUGCCGGAGCGCGAGAUCCCUCCCAAGGACUGGUGGCAGGCGUGCCGGUCAGUCUACGCAGCGCCCGUGCUCAAGGACGCCCUCCCGGCCGACGCAAAGGACCCCGGGUGGAGGGAGGACGGGUACGCGAAGGCUCUCCGCGGCGGGUUCCAGGUGGGCUGGGACCGGAGCUCCGGCCCGUGCGACCCGUGCGAGCAAUCCGGCGGCAAGUGCGGGUACAACCGCACCGCGGGCUUCCUGGGCUGCUUCUGCGCCAACGGCGCCCUGGUAGUUGGCAACGCCGCCGGCUGCAGCAAGAUAUCUGACACCACCGCGCCAUUGCCCGGUUCGAACAAGAAAAGGAGUGUCACUAUAGCAGGUGUGGUGGCCGGUGUCGGAGGUGCAUUGCUUGUUGCUGCUGUCAUGGUCUUUCUGUUCAUUUGCAAGAGAAGGCAGAGGAAGGUGGUGAACUCGUCUUCGAAGCUCCUCAAGUACAGGUACAGCGGCUCGGGCGGGACCCCGACGCGCUCCAGGGGCGGCGACAUGGAGUCCGGCAGCUCCCAGGACAUGGGCAACCGGUUCAGCUACGAGGAGCUCGAGGAGGCCACCGAUUCCUUCAACGAGAACAGAGAGCUCGGCGACGGCGGCUUCGGCACCGUCUACAAAGGUUACCUUGGGGACGGGCGGGUGGUGGCGGUGAAGCGGCUGUACAACAACAGCUACCGGCGCGUGGAGCAGUUCGUGAACGAGGCGGCGAUCCUGGCCCGGCUGCGGCACCCGAACCUGGUCAUGUUCUACGGGUGCACCUCCAAGGAGAGCCGCGAGCUGCUCCUGGUCUACGAGUUCGUCCAGAACGGCACGGUGGCCGACCACCUGCACGGGCCCCGCGCGGCGGAGCGCGCCCUGCCGUGGCCGCUCCGGCUCAGCAUCGCCGUGGAGUCCGCGGCGGCGCUGACCUACCUCCACGCCAUCGAGCCGCCCAUCGUGCACCGCGACGUCAAGACCAACAACAUCCUCCUCGACACCGACUUCCACGUCAAGGUCGCCGACUUCGGCCUCUCCCGCCUCUUCCCGCUCGACGCCACCCACGUCUCCACCGCCCCCCAGGGCACCCCAGGGUACGUGGACCCGGAGUACCACCAGUGCUACCAGCUGACGGACAAGAGCGACGUGUACAGCUUCGGCGUGGUGCUGGUGGAGCUCAUCUCGUCCAAGCCCGCCGUGGACAUCACCCGGCAGAGGAACGAGAUCAACCUGGCCGGCAUGGCCAUCAGCAAGAUCCAGAAGUGCCGGCUGGAGGAGCUGGUGGACGUGGAGCUCGGCUACGAGUCGGACCCGGCGGCGAGGAAGAUGAUGACCAUGGUGGCGGAGCUGGCGUUCCGGUGCCUGCAGCAGAACGGCGAGAUGCGCCCGCCGAUCAGGGAGGUGCUGGACGUGCUCAGGGCCAUCCAGGAUGACUGCCUGGGUCACAAAGACGGUGGAGGCAAAGGCAAGAAGGACUUCGCCGAGCCCUUCUCUCCCAACACGGUGCACGCUCCCUGGGACAGCAGGAACACCACCCCUAACACCAGCCAGUAGUAGAUUAGUAGAUCAGUGUUUGCGGCCGGCCGAGUUUUUAUUUUAUCACUAUUGAGAGAUUUGCUUGCCGUGUAUGAGCGAUCCGACGAUUCCUUUUUUUCCCCUUCCAGGUGAUGUAAAUAUGUGCUUGUUUUUUUAAACUGCCACGGUAGAGACAGUACUGUACAUACUACAUACGUACACUGGAGAGGUGUGCUGAACUGGUUAUAUGAUGCAUAUGAUUACAUAGGUUUUUACCAUUUGGGAUUCA